AUGGAAUCUGAUAGGCAGAUCACUGGUGGUCCGUUCUGUGCUCUAUGUGGAGGAACAUUCCGCGCACACAGGGCCGAUUCUGACACGCCACCUCUGAAUUGGACGUCGAGGAUCCGCCAUGCCACAUGCAUAUUCAACGUGAUGAGCUCGCACCUGAGCCAUCCAUGUUAUGUCGCCUGGAGUGCCGCGGGAGGGCCUGGACCAGCCAAUCCGGCUGCGGACAUGACCGUGCAAGGCUUGGAGCCAUACUAUCUGGCCGAUUCUGAAGAUGGAGAAGAAUCUAUUGUGUUUGUGUACCAUGAAGCUUGUUGGCAGAUGCUUCUCACCCGGCUCACGUACAACACCGGUUCAGACCCAGAUCAUGAGGACGUUGCCUACUGGCUUUUCUAUACCCUCGCAAGCGUCCCACGAUGGGAUGGGCGGCUUCUCCCCCGCCAUGGCUAUCAUGGAGUGAUGCCGAUUCUUGAAUCAAACCACCUGAGAGGCGUAUUGGAAGCUGUCAUCGACUAUAUUCCCUUUCCUUCCAUCUCUCCAGAAAGUCACCCGUCCCAGCCAACAAUAGACUCAGGAGCUUUAUUAUCAACUCAAGAUCUGCCGGUGCCUUCUUAUGACCCGUUUCGGCAACUUCCCUCGGAGAUUAUUUGGGAUAUCAUUGUCUAUCUUACGUACGAUGACAUAAACAAUGCACGACUCAGUUCCCGCCAUUUCGCCAUGCACACUUCCGCAGCGAGAUUGCCCCAGAAAUUCCUGGCCAGCAGGUUCUCCCCCGAGAUGGGCCUGGGCUUCGUCUUGGCUAUGGAUAAGAAUGAGACGGGGUAUGCAGACAUGGACUGGCGCGGACUGUUUGAUAACUGCAUGAGCCUUCUUCAGCAACCUGGCAACUUGGGCGACGGCUUCCGAAACCGACGACGCAUAUGGAUCUGUCUGCAAGAUAUCGCCGCCACCGUCGAGAUUCUCCUCACGUCUAGCGACUUCAAUACGAUAAUCUACAACGUGCCCCGCCUAGCGUUUGAUGGCUACCCUUUAGGACAAAGGGUCUCGUGUGCAGACCUUGAAUAUCGGGAUCGUGCUGAUCCGCAGCAGAUUAUGAAAAACAAGGACCCCAGGACACGCGCGCUACAACUUCAGCUAGAUUCCACCACCAUCGUCUCCUCAAUAGAAUAUACAACUAUUGUCUUUGAAUCUGUGCCCUAUAUUUGCGGGCUAAGAGUUUCAUUCCCGCCAGAAGGACUAACAUUAUCCGAACAACACCAUGAAGUCGGUAUAUUACUCCCCUCUCGCACAAAAAGCGUACCUAUCGAGAAAGACAUAACAUUGUCAGAUUUUUCCGUAUGCUACUCCCCGGAUGGAAUCCAUGGCUUUUCAAUCUUCACAAGGGAUGCAAACGGACGUCUCGAUAGGCUGUGCAUCGGGCAGACAGAUGCUGUCUAUCCACACUCAACUAAUAAGACGUUACCUCGGUCCUUAGGCUCAGGUCCUAUACUAGGUCUGCUCCUCGAGUUUGACGUACGGCUGAUUACUAUCCAUCCCUAA